AUGUCGAACGACGACAAGGACAUUCUGAACAGUAUGUAUCAGAUCCAUCCUCUGAAGGAGGACAACUGGAUGCCAUGGAAGAGGUGCAUGACUGCAUUCCUGGAUGAGAAACUUCUCGGCUACAUCACCGGUGAGAUACAGAAACUGAAGCCGAGCACUAAUCCGGAUAUCAGAGAAGCACGCGAUGCCGAGAUUCAGAAGUGA